ACCCUCCGGGCCGAAGCGGCCUCCCUUACCCAGCGCGCGGACGGCCUGGCCGCCGAGCAUGCGGCCCUCACGGCCGAGCACGCGGCACUCACGGCCGAGCACGCGGCCCUGGCGAGCGAGACCGGCGCCUCGACCGAGCAGCUGUCGGCGCAGGUGGCCGCGCUGACCGCCGAGCGCGAUGCCCUGGCGGCCGAGCGGGAGACUCUGGCCGGUCAGCACGCGGCCCUGUCCAAGCAGCUGGACGACCUGACCAGCAUGCAUGCCUCGCUGACGGACACCCACGCGGCCCUGCUGAGUCAGCAGGCCAGUCUGUCGGCCCAGCAUGCCGAAGCUUCCGGGCAGCUGGACGCCCUGAAGGCCGAGCAUGCGGCGCUCGAAGCCAAGCACGCGGCCCUGGCCGACGAGGCCGAUGCUUCGGCCGGCAAGCUGGACGACCAGCUGCGCGCCCUGGUCGCCGAGCGCGAUGAGCUGGCCGCCGGCCACAAGGGCCUGGCCACCGAGCGCGAUGCCCUGCUGGCCGAGGUUGCCCUGCUGACCGAGCGCGCGCGCGACCUGUCGGCCAAGCACAGCGCCCUGCUCGCGGAGCAGGAGGAUCUGACCGGUCGACAUGCGGCCACCACCGAGCAGCUGGCCACCCUGAGGGCCGAGCAUGACGCCUUGGUGGGCGAGGCCGACGCCUCGGCCAAGAAGAUGGCCGACCAGCUGCACGCCCUGACCGCCGAGCGGGAUGCCCUGGCCACCGAGAGCGACGCCUCCGCCCAGCAGCUGGCCGACCAGCUCCACGCCCUGGCCGCCGAACGGGACGAGGUGGCCGCCAAGCACACCUCCUUGCUGGCCGAGCGUGACACUCUGCUGGCCGAGGCCGCCUCGCUGACCGCCGAGCAUGCGGCGCUCGAAGCCAGGCACGCGGUCCUGGCUCGCGAGGCCGACGCCUCUGCCCAGCAGCUGGCCGGGCAGCUGGAGGCCCUGGCCACCGAGCGCAACACGCUGCACGCCGAGCGCGAGUCUCUGACCAAGCGGCUGGAUGACCUGGCCAGCGCGCACGCCUCGCUGGUCGACAAGCAUGACAUGCUGCUGGCCGAGCGCGACACCACCAUGGCCGAGCGCGACGCCAUCGUGGCCGAGCGCGACACCAUCGCCCACGAGCUUGCCACCCUCACCGGCGACCACACUGCCCUGGCCGACGACCACGCCACCCUGGCCGACGAGCAUGCCACCCUGCGUGGCGAGUUCGACGCCCUGCUGGCGCACCACCAGGAGCACACCCGCCUGGCGGAGGAGCUGUCGCAGUCGAUCCGCCCGUUGAAGGCCCGCUUCGCCUCGCUGAAGGAGCAGCUGUCGCGAGUGUCGCAGGAGCGCGACCGGCUCCGCGCCGACCGGGUCCAGCUGCUGGCCGACCUGGAGGUCGAGCGGACCCAGGCCCGGGCCGCGCUGGACGCCAGCGCCCGCCAGUCCCUGUCGGCCAUCCAGUCGGCCGCCGACAUCCUGGUGACCGACCUGCGCCUGUGCCUGCUGCACCUGGAGCCUGGGGCCACGCCCACGCCGCAGCUGGCCCCGGCCUUGCGCUUUGUGGAGGAGUCCCUCGGGACCCUGCCGGCCGAGCACCCGGCCGCAGGCGCCGCCCCCCCGGCCGAGGACGGCACCGGGGCCGAGCCCGAGCCCGAGCCCGAGCCCGAGCCCGGCCUGGCUGUUCGUCAGCCACUCUUCGAGGUCCAGCUUCUCCUGCGCAAGCUGGCCCUCCUCAUCACAUCGCGGUCGAUGGCUGCCGAGGCACUGACCGCCGGCUCUGAUGCCGCCGCCGCCGCCGCCGCCGCCGCCGCCGCCGCCACUGGCACACCCUCGGCCGAUGGCAUCCGGCGGCGCCGCCACCGCCGCACCAGUGUCCAGACCACCAGCGCCCCCCUGCCGGUGGCUCUUGCCGGCCCGGCCGGCGGCCGUAACUACCUGACGGCAUUGCUGUCGUGGCUGUUCUUCGCCGGGCUCGGCUUCCUGGGCGGCGUUGUCCUGCUGACCCUGUAUCUGGGCAGCGCCCCGCCCGCGGGCGAGGUAACCGGCUACAUCGUCGAUCGCGGGGCCCUGCCCCACCACCGGCAGUACUAUGCCCUCGGGGGCGGGCCGCUGGCCGGGGCCACUUUCAUCCGCCCGGUGGCCCUGCUGUCGGCCCCGGCCCCGGCCGGCUGCGCGCUCGACGCCGACCCCACCGCCACCGCCACCGCCACAAUCACCGGUCCCGAUCCCGGCGCCGUGCCCGUUGUGCAUGUCCGCCCGGAGGAACAUCUCCCGGCCGAUUGGCCGGUUUUCCAGCCGGCCGGCCCCGGCGAAGCCCCCUCCCUCAUUAGCCUCGUCCUCGCCGAGGACCAGGUCCCCUGGCUGCUGCGGCGCCUUCUCCGGGCCGCGGCCGCCGGACAACAGGGCCCGGCCCCGGUCGGCCCGCACUGA